AUGGAUCCUCCCAGGCCACCAGCCCUUCCUUCUGGGACAUCCCGUCCUCCUGUACAUGAGCGAUGGGAGUUACUGAAGGACAUCAUCGAGCAUCAAUACAUCAACGAGAAGCGCAAGCUGCCCGAUCUCGCCAAGUACAUGAAGGACAACCACGAUUUUGACGCUGGGGUACAUCAGUACAAAUACCAGUUCAAGAAGUGGAAGCUGAGGAAGAACGUGCCCUCAGAAGCGAAGAACCACAUCGGACGAUGUCUCCAGACCUGCGCAGAGGCAGGACGGACCUCUACAGCCAUUCAGUACCAGGGACAUACCGUGGCGCCUGCAAAGAUGCGGAGGUACCUUAAGGAUCGACGGAGACAAGACCUCAUCCUGAAAGGUCCUCCAUCGGGCAUAGGGGUAGUCGCAAAUUCGAAGCUCGCAUUCGGCAAAAACAUAUUCACAAGCUGGAGCAUGCCAUAUGGGGCCUUCAGGUCCUCUGGAUCUGACAGACUUCCCUCCUCUCCAUGUGUGACCGCUCCAUCUCCUUACGGAGACGUAACCAUGGAAACUCCUCCUUCGGAUGCAGCAUCUCCCAGUGCUCAAGUUGUUCAAGCAAGGAUGAACUCAGAUGUUUUGAAGAGAGUGGCAAUGGAAAGAGCCCAGUUGUUUGUUCAGGGCAAGCACGCGGAACUUGUCAAGACAAUGAACAGACAAGAUUUCCAGUGA